UGAACGCGAAGAAGAUGUGGAGAUAAGAGAAUAACCUAGCAACGGAGGACGCAGUGACGUCACUACUGGGUGUCAUUGCUACGUUUUACCGCAGGGGGUCACUAUUUCACCGUUUCUAUUUUUAACCACAGGCUGCAGAGUGCUAAAGUAUGUGAUGGAGAAAUUUAAUUAAACCUGUCUUUUUGAGAGUACCAAUUUGACUAUUUGUAAUAAACAAUAUUUGGUUGUCUUUUAAAAUGCCUUUGGUUGCAUUCGUGGUGAAUCGGUGCUAUAUUAACCCAACCGAGGUGGACUGAACUGAUGGUAUAGAAAAAGAAAGUUCAAUUCUCAGUAAGAAAUAGUUGUAAAGUAAUAUAUUUCUUGCCAACAUUUAUACCAAAAUUAAUAACUUGAAGUUGUUAAUUUUGUUAGUAAAUUCCAAAUUUUCAAUUGGCAUUUAUCGGGUGUUUUUGUCUCCCCCUAACGGUCAAAUUUGCUAGCAGCAGGUAAAGGCGUGGCCAAUUGUACUUUGCAGCAUUUACCUGAGAGCGACGAGAUUAAAGGACGCUGCUGGCGGCGUCCUAUUUAAUCUACAUUAAAGAAAACACGAUGGUGGAACAAACCAGGCGUCCGAACCGUGCUGUGACCCUCCAGGCUGGACCUGGAGAGGUGGCGGACGGGAGCCUCAGGAUCCGUGACAGAGCAGCGAGGGUCGUUGGUCGACAGCUGGCUGAAAUCGGAGACCUUCUGAACCAGGACUGGGCCAGGAGAGAUCCAAAUCGGCCGCCAACUCCUCUCUACCUGCUGGGACCUGCCCGGACUCUGACACGGAUCAUCUACAGGGACCUCCACAACCAGCUGUGGGGUUUCCAGAACCUAUGGUCUCCGGUGAAGGCCUGGAUUGUCAGCACUACUUCCAGGCCGGGAAACCUCAGAGCAGAGGCAAAGGCAACCUGGGUGAGCAGUUUAAAAGUGGUGGCUUGUCUUGGCUGGACCAGAGGAGCACUCAUGACCGUAGCACUUUUGGCGGCAGCAAGCAUUUUUGGUGGACUGUGGAUGUAAGAGGAGGCCUGGAAAGAAGCCCAAAGAAAGUCUUGAGUAUGUUUGAUGAAAGGAAAAAAAAAGUUUGCAUUUGAUUUAAAAUUAAUGCUGAUUUUUGUUUCUGCUGUUUACUUUUCUUUUUUUUUUACAUACCAUUUUCAUGAGCUGUAUUGAUAUUAACGACAGACUGGAAACACCUUCCUUAGAAUAAAGCUUGAAAAAAUGUGUUGCUAAAUUCACUGAAGAACCUCCAGAUUGGUUUAACUAAAAAAAAAAGAGUUUCCUGAACAUUGUAGCCUGGAAGGCUGUUUUAUCAUUGCACUGAAGUCAGAAAGCAUGUUUCUCAUGACAGGACUGUUGCUGGCCUGCAGUCUUUUGCAGUUUCUUACUGGUUUAAGAGGCCAAGGUUUUUACAAACGAUGUGUAGCUUUGCUUGUGAUGAAAUGACGGGAGCUGGACUUUCUGUUGCAGAUUUGACGAGGCUUUUUUCCCCCCACGUCUUACAAAUAAACUUUAAGAUGA